AUGGAGGAUUCGGAGGUUGAAGAAGGCGGUGACGGUGUGAAUUAUAGUGCAAAUUUCGUGACAGACAAGGUUUUUCGAACGUUUGAUGAAGCAGUUACAUGGGUGGAUGCUGUUUCCAUUAAUUUGGGAUUUAUUUUGGUGAAAGCGUCUUUCAACAAAAACAGAGAUGGUCGACCAUAUCGAUAUUUGAGAUGUGAUCGGGGACGAAGAAGUAAGCCGAGAGAUCUUGAGAACGCAAUAAGGAAGGACACGAAAACCAAAGCCAAUGGUUGUCCUUUCUACAUCAAGAUAUCUUACAAUUUUGUCAACGACUGUUGGUUUAUCACGGCGAAAAAUGAUGUAAUUGGGACCCACAACCAUCCAAUGAUUGCGUAUCCAGAGGGGCAUCGUAAAAUAAGCGGGUUAAGCCCGGAAGCGAAGCAGGUUGUGCGUAACAUGACCAAGUCUAAGGUAGUACCGCGUAACAUUAUGGCGACUAUUGCCGAGCAAUUUCCUCAGGAUCAUCCAAACAUCAGACACAUUUACAACUGCCGAAAUUACUUCAGAACCGAGAUGUCAGAUGGGAGAGGAUUUGUUCAGCAGUUUCUACAUUUGGCUAGACAGAGUCAGUAUGUCUACUGGGUAUUGUCUGAUGAUCAAGGCGUUUUACAACACGCCUUCAUGGCGCAUCCAGUCAUGGUAGACAUCCUACGGACGUACCCGUAUGUGAUCGGUAUGGAUUCCACAUACAAGACCAACCAAUACGGAAUGCCGUUCUUUGAGAUAGUUGGUGUGACACUGACAAAUCAAAAUUUCCUCGUCGGUUACGUCUUCAUUCGCAACGAGUGCACGGCCAACUAUCGAUGGGUUUUGCAGAGAUUGAGAGACUUGAUCGGGUUUGAUAAGGAACCGUCGGUUUUCUUGACUGAUCGUGAGCUGGGGCUAGUUGCGGCAUUGAGGGAAGUGUUUCCAGGGACCUCGCACUUACUUUGUCGAUGGCAUAUUAACAAAGAUGUUGAGGCUCAUGUCACUGAUAUGUUCAAAAACAAAAAGCCUCCAGGUUCUUUGGAUACCGUAUGGGCCCGAGUUCAUUGUCACAUUAGUAAUCAGAUCAUCGCUAUUCGUAAUGAUUUGGAGGCAUCUAGGUCGAAGAUUGGUCAGAAGUACUGA